UUCUUUCCUUGUGUUUUAGACUCGCCUUAUUGAGCUGAGCGGGACCCCGGCGUGUUACACACUCAAUAUGUCCGCCACGAAGGUCCACUUUCACUCAGUAGGAAUGCGGUAGGCGGGGCUGCUAGGCUAGUGUCAAACUUUGGGAAUGACAGGAGCGCUGCAGGAUUCGCAAAGAAGGGGAAGUGUCGCCCUGCUUGGCCCCGUUUGGAUUACUUUGACUUCUUUUUACGCACAGCCUUUGGAUUCACCACCCUUUCUACAGAUAGCACGGCCUCAGCAGAUCCCCCAGCCAUGUCGGAGGACCUGAGCUCCCAACCCUGGUCCAUCAACAAAGAUGAUUAUGAGCUACACGAGGUGAUUGGGAGUGGGGCCACAGCGGUGGUCCAGGCGGCCUACUGUUUACCACGGAAGGAGAAGGUGGCCAUCAAACGCAUCAACCUAGAGAAGUGCCAGACGAGUAUGGACGAACUUCUGAAAGAGAUUCAGGCCAUGAGCCAGUGCCACCACCCCAACAUCGUGUCUUACUACACCUCCUUCGUGGUGAAGGACGAGCUGUGGCUGGUUAUGAAGCUACUCAGCGGUGGCUCGGUGCUGGACGUGAUCAAACAUAUCAUCUCGAGAGGCGAGCACAAGACGGGCGUCCUGGACGAGGCCAGCAUAGCCACCGUGCUGAAGGAUGUCCUCGAGGGCCUGGAGUACCUGCACAAGAACGGACAGAUCCACAGAGAUCUUAAGGCUGGAAACAUUCUCCUCGGGGACGACGGUUCGGUGCAGAUUGCAGACUUCGGCGUCAGUGCCUUUCUAGCCACGGGCGGAGACAUCACUCGAAAUAAAGUGCGCAAGACGUUCGUGGGGACACCGUGCUGGAUGGCACCAGAGGUCAUGGAACAGGUGAGGGGCUAUGAUUUCAAAGCAGAUAUUUGGAGCUUUGGGAUAACGGCCAUUGAGCUCGCCACCGGAGCCGCACCUUAUCACAAAUACCCACCGAUGAAGGUCUUGAUGCUGACGCUGCAGAAUGACCCGCCGAGUCUGGAGACCGGCAUCACGGACAAGGAGAUGGUGAAGAAAUACGGCAAGUCGUUCAGGAAGAUGAUCUCACUGUGUCUACAGAAGGACCCGGAAAAAAGGCCAACCUCCUCAGAGUUGUUGAAGCAUAAAUUCUUUCAGAAAGCAAAGACUCACGAGUAUUUAAAUGAGAAGUUACUUCAGAGGGCGCCCACAAUAACGGAGAGGUCGAAAAAGGUACGUCGAGUCCCGGGCUCCAGCGGGCGGCUGCAUAAAACGGAGGACGGCGAGUGGGAGUGGAGCGACGACGAGCUGGACGAAGAGAGCGAAGAAGGAAAAGCAGCCGUUGCGGCCUUAAGGGAGCAGCAGGUGAAGCCUGUUAGCGCCCCCAGGCGACAAGUGCGCUUCUCCUACCCACUCGAGCUGCCUGCAUCCAGGUCACCCAGAGUGAAGGAGGGAUCGCAGAAUUCAGAGGUUUUCCAGACUCCUGAGCCUUUAACUAGCCACCUUCAGCCAAUGGCUGCAGGUCAGGCUGAACUACCUCAGGCUGCAGGCCAGGUUCCACUGCAGCCCACACCAGUCAACACUCAAUCCACUGCCCAGGCUGCGUCUCCAACACCAGGUGUACCUGCUCCUGCUGCUGCUGCUGCUGUCCCCCAGAUUCCAGCUGUACCAGGUGAUGUGAAGGCUCCCAUUAGUCUGGUUUUAAGGUUAAGAAAUUCAAAGAAGGAGCUGAAUGACAUCCGCUUUGAGUUUAUGCCAGGGAGAGACACAGCAGAUGGCGUGUCCCAGGAGCUGGUGUCAGCAGGCCUGGUGGACGGGAGGGACUUAGUAAUAGUUGCUGCAAAUUUGCAGAAAAUAGUUGAUGAGCCUCAAGCCAAUAAAAACGUCACUUUCAAACUGGCUUCUGGAAUCGAGGGAUCUGAAAUACCAGACGACGUCAAGUUGAUGGGCUUUGCUCAGCUCAGCAUUAGUUAAACUGUUGUUCUACCUGGGACCGUGACUUGCCUAAAAAAUGUGAAAAUUGAAAAAAAAAAAAACAACAAAAAAAACAAACAAAAAAAAUAAUAAUAGUUCAAUGCAUUUUUUUUUCUUUCCAUGGCUGUAAAGAAACCACUACUGCCAAAGAAAACAGUACCAUUGUGUCACCUGUAGGAUUAAACUGCGCCGCCGCCAGCAGCCGCCGCCGCGUUGAAUCGGGUGGUCAGCUGAAGUAUCAGAAGAGUACAGUGAAAAUGACUCGAAAAAAAAAAAGUUUACAGAGUACAUGUAGAAGGAUGCAAGUAUCCACAGCAAACCGUUGUUUUUUUGUUUUUUUUUUCCAUUCUCCCUCGUUCUGUUCUUUUUCUCUAAUAUGUGAUGCAUUUGCACAAUCUGAACUAACGCCCUUGAAUAAGUGUAACAAUGCCUUAUAUUCAUCAGAACUACUGAAUGCACGUUUUUUGGGGGGACGUCCCCAGUUACCGUUUGGAGCAUUAUGUUGUCUGACUAUGUUGCGCGAAUGUGGUUUCAUCAGAGGCAAACUUUUUAACUUUGGAGGAAGUAAUUAAGAGAUUCGCUCUGUUCUUUAUUCGUUAUCAUCGGCGAAUCUUAAGAUAAAAUUGAGCCUUAAAAAAUGUGGAAGUAAUGUGCGUUUUGUUUUCUAAAACAACUCGGCACUGUGAUUUGUUAACAUUAAAACCCAAGUAUUAUUAUGUAAGUAGAUAAAUAGAUGAGGCUGCCUUUACAUGGACACUAUGUAAAAUAACAUACAUAUAUAGAUCUUUUUUGACUUUUUUUUUAUUCCCCCCAGUUUUAUCAUUGAUACUGAAUUCAUUCUAUAAAAAUGACCAAUCUGGACCCCAAAUUUUUUAAUUUUAUUUAUUUAUUUAUUUUUUGAAAACAACAUUGGUUUCUGUCCCCUCUGGAAAUUUAUCGCCUGAUGUUUGCUCAGAAUUUCGGAUUAUCAUAAUUACACCACCACUAUCAGUUUGAUUAAAACUUAAACUUAUAUUCAGUUUCGUCUAUUAUUCCAAUUUUUAAGUGGAAUACUAGUGUCCGCGUAAAUGUAGCCUUGACCCAAAAUUAAUUUUCUCUGGUUUUGAAGGUACCGUAAUAAUUAAAAAUUCGCGUAGAAUGAAAUCAGGUGAUCCACGUAGAAAAUUUGCCUUUGCCUUCUGAGUAAAAGCUUUUCCUCUGCUGAAACCACACCUGUUGUAUGACCAGAUGUGUGUGUCUGUUGGUAUAUUGUUUGGAUAUGGUUUCUCAAAUUCUUAAAGGAGAAAAAAAAAAAAAAGAAAGAAAGAAAAGAGAAAAGACUUAAGUGCAUAUUUGUUUAUGUGGAUGAAAAGUAAGUACUUGAUUUAACCUCUAGUGUGUAAAUAAUGACAUUUGGCUUUGAUUUGUUUUUAUACCGGGUGUUUCACUCUUGGCCUUUAUUUUCUGUCUCAUGACGCGAUUUGUGGGUCGUGUCGCCACGUGAAGGAAGACGCUGCAAAUUCGGCUCAGAGCCCCCCCCCGUUUCAAAGGACGUGCCGUUGCUUGCUGCACGGUAUGAUCCUCGCUUACGCUUACCCGGCAGAUAAAUUUCAACUCAUUUGGUAGAUUUUUCCAGUGGAGCCACAGCUGUCCUGCUUUAACGCCUGGCCGCCAACAGCAGCAGAGGCAGCAUCGUCUCCAACUCUUAACCAAAACCAAAUGGAGGCUGUUUACAGCAGCUAGUUCUUCUAAUCCACAUCCCGAUACUCUCACAGCUGCUUUGUCGUCAUUUGUUUUUUUUUAAACAGCUACAUUUAUUUCUUUCUCCUUCAGUUUUGAAAAAAGCAGGUGUCCUUUCACACUCUUGUGCGUUGACGACACGGUUUUGAUGAUGAAUGUGCAUCUUUGCGGUUUUUGGCGCCGAUGCCAGCGGGAGCUUCGUUUUCGACACUCUGUAGACCUGAAAUGCCAGCGAGGUUUUUACCGUAUUAAUUUGGUGAUGUGAUGAUGUUAUAACCCUCCAGAGGCCAUAUUGAAUGAAACUGAAUGCAUUUCUGCUUGCCGAUAAAAACGUUAAGAGGAACUCUUUGUAUUUUGACUAGAAACAUGUUCAAUUUUACGCUUUUACGCCUUAAAUUGAAGACGACCAAGUGUAUUUCUUUGCCCCGACUCAUCCGUCGGGGUUUUCAUUCAGACUUUCAGUGUCUUUGAAAUGUGGUUCUUGUUACUUCUUGUUGAAGAUACCUGAAAUAAAGAUACACAGGCGUGUUGAUUUUGUCUUCUCGAGGUGGAGCGACGGCAAACGUCGGAAAACACAGUGUCACUCUUUAAGUUUCCAAACUGCAGUAUUUGGUGUCAUUCUCCUGAUGUGGUCUGCAGCCAACUGCUGACAAGUACAGGAUUGAGUGCGUACGAGCUCUAUGAGAGAGAUGCGUGUGUGUGUGUGUGUUGCAUAGAUUGGGUCCUGCUUCUGAAUAAGUUGAAGAUCUAAUUCCUUCGUUCUCAUCCUUUCCUCCAGCAGUCUCCUCUGUCCUGUUUACACACAGUCUAACAACUAAAACUGUAGCGAACUGAGCAGAUGACCGGCAGAAACUCUUGUGUCCAGGCAAUAACUCAUCAAGGCUGUAACAUAUUUGAAUUUUCCACCUGUUUUCAGUAUUUCUUUCUUCAUUCUAUCAUUUGCUCUAUUUUAUUUUAUUUUAUUUUAUUUUAUUUUUUGAUCGUUUUGGAGUUCAAAAGCAUGUUUCCCUUGAUUAUUUUUAAUCAAUAAAGAAUGAGCAUACCAGA